AGGCUUCGUAUACAGCAUUCAAAUUUCCUGUCCAGCAAAAGACUCUGCGAAGUCGACGCCGGAUUCACUGGUUCACACACCCGAUUGCUUGCCCAAGCCCGGAGCUUCUAGUAGCAGAGCUCUCGUCUCCGCAUACCAGUUUUACGGAGCCCCCGCUAUCCUAGCACUGGACGGCCUAACUCGCCAGGAAAGACCACCGAUUGCUUCCUAGAACCAAGCUCAGCGCAGUGCACCUCCGCAACGAUGGGCUUCUGGCUUGGAACGCUCGUGUUCUUCCUUAUCCAGAUUGUGGCGACGGCCACUAUCAACUUUGUUGGCAAGCCUGGCAACAAGGGGCUAACGCACAUUAUGGCCUUCACCACCGUCUUCCAAUUAUGGUUCAUAUGGGCCAUCAUCUACAUGGCCCAAAUGAACCCUCUGAUCAACCCGGAGUACAAGGAGUAAGGCUGCAAGCGACCUAACAGCUGUGUGGAGAUCUGCGCGCGUGUGUGUUGGCUUCGGAUGCCUGUCGAGGCGAUUUAGCGUCUGAGCGUAGUGAGUGAUUCAAGCGUAUGGAGAAAGGGGAGUCGAGUUGGGUCCAGGUGGCUUACACAGUGAACUUCAGGCACCGGGUCUCGGUGUGCACGGUGUAACACUUCCGGCAACAGUACUUUGACCCACAGCGUGCGCAUGUGUACCUGAAAUGCGGGUG